UGUUCUAUGAUUGGCUUGUAAAGUUAAAGUGCGAAAUCAAUUAAUAUUCAGUUUAAAUAUGAAGCGAUGAAAACUCUACAGCUUCGUUAAGAAGGUUUGAACCAUACGAUUCACUUUGAAUAGAAUCUUUAUACCUUUCCCAAUUGAUCAAAAAUCCGCGGUGAAGAGAUUCUCCACAUUGUUCCGACCAAUAUCACAGUCCUUUUCUAUGUUCUAUCAAUUGAACGCAUAGUUCAAUGUGUGAUCUCAGAACAUAUAUUUUUAAGGUUUCAGAAAUGUCUUCGAUUAUAUUCAGAGCAUCAAAAGAAAUUUUCCAAGUUAGUUUUUAAUCCUUUUCCUACUUUACCGCAUGCGAAACAAAGAUCAACUACUUGAUUCAUAGCUUUGAAAGCGUUUAUGAAAGGCACCAUACAGAGAGAUCCAACAUCUUUGUAAAUUUUGCGAUCCAUGUGCUUGUCCGCCUCUUUUAGGAGUAUUCUACAGGCGUUGCCCUCAAACCAAUCACCAUGAUAAUUUUUCGAAAUCAGAUUCAAUUUUUGGGGCCAUAUCAAUGCAUUAUCUCUUCCCAAAAGAGGUACUAAACCCUUUCAAAAAAUAUAAUUGACAAAUCCCAUGAGAAUAUUCAAUUCAUGUUCAAUAAAUAAGGGGGGUACUAUGACAUUGUUUAACAUAUUUUUUAUUUUUUCCGCACAGUUAAAAUUUUAUGUUUUCAAUUUCAAAACAUUGUUUUUCUCCAAACUCUCCACAUUAGAACUACAGUUUGGAACGCAGUUAUCGUUUUCUUUUUGUACGUUACAAUUUCUGAGAUCAUUGAGAGAAAUAAAACAGUAUGGACAAGGAUACAUGGCUGAUGCUGUCUCCUGUCAGUUUAUAAGAAGCAACAAUUUGAAAUCGCCGACAAAUUUGGAGGAAAUAUCGUUUAUCUUAGUUAAAUAAAACAAGAGUUUUACGUUAUCAUAAGUUAGAUUGCUUGCAUUGCAUUGCACUAUUAGGUUAGAAUAUCUUGCAAACCUAAAGUGAUGCAGCUAUUCUGAGUUCAGAUUUGGAAUCAGCGUAUCAAAAUCCUUCUAAAAAAAUAAUUUCGAGUCGGGGUUAUACAUUUAAAAAACAAAUUUUUUUUCGAUUAAAUGCUUCGAUGAUUAAAAGCCGACGGUCAAACAUUGUAAUCGAUAGGUAGAGUUAGUAUUUGGUAGGAUCUAGUAUUUUUUAAGUAUCCGAUAGCUUGGCCCUUUGAAGUACGGGCCUACUGAUUUUGGAAAAGUGAAUGCCGCCGAAAAAGUGCCUUCUCAUUGUUUUGUUUAUUGUAGGAGGGCACACUGCGAAUAAAACGCCCGUCUGCCACGGCCAUAGGCCCUUGAAGCCUCUUUUUUCAUUGGACCUACGUUUGUGGGGAGCCGUUUAAAGACAACUCCACAUUAGACAAAACAACAUCUUUUAUUCGCAGUCCUUCGCAGGACGGCUUGACGACCAGCUAAAGAGUUGCCAGGAGCGCACGGAGCGCAAUUCCCGUACGAGUAGAGGAGUCGCAGCCAGCGCCGAACACCGCAAAGACGGAGUCGCAGCCAGCGACAGGGAGACGCAGCCAGCGGUCAGGAGGCGCAAGGAGCGCCAGGCAUCAGCGGCCAGAAGGCACAGGUCCGCCAUUUUGGAGCGCUGGGGCAGCGCCAUAUUUGGACCAUUUGGAGAUGCAGCAGUCCUCCAGGAAGAGUUCCCGGCUGAACGGAGGGGAUGCCACCCCUACAACAACGCGUGCGGAUCAGCAGCCAGCGAGUGGUGGAAACCGGCCGCAGGUGAAUAUAACCACGGCGGCGGCCAUUUCUCGCCCAGCCACAACGGUGACUACAGUAGCGUCCCAACCAAGGAGUACUGCUGUCACAGCUGCGAGUUCGGAGCCGGAGGUGGGCCAGCCACUCACGUUGUACCUGCUGGAAAGGAUCACGGCGUUGGAGAACGAGCUGAAGAAGGUUAAAGCCUUGAAUAAUGUGAGUACCGCCGAUCGCGCGCCAGUCGCAGUUGGCCCAAGCGCAAAUGGCUCCAUCAGUGGAGCGUCGGGGCAGCCGCCAUCUUGGAGCGAACCGUCAUUAGCCACAUCGAGCGGUGAGGCCUCAACAUACGGGGUCGGGCCGGUCCCACAUAGCGGCGUCGAUGCAGCCUGCACGCUGCCACCAUCCUGGAGUGGACCGCCAUUGCUAAUGAGUAGCAAUCAUCCUGUGGAUCCACUGUGCGCUACAAAUGCUGCGCAGACAGCGCAUGGAUUCGUGCUACCGGGCGGGAGCAUUCACAACGCUCAACUGCAUCGUCAUAUGUUGCAUCCUUCGCAUCGAUGACGCCGAAUGGAUCCCAAGGAGCGAAUGGGCCAAGGAGGCUCCCGGACUUGCCUGUAUUUGGAGGGCAGCCCUACAUGGAGCGGAUGAAGAGCGCAGAUGGCCGGAGCAGCGAGGUGGUUUCAGGCGCCACAACGGAGGAAACCAGCAGUCAGACCACUCGCCACCCGUUGAGGAACGUGUACGCCGUAUCGAGCUUGAGUCUGCCGAUGCAGACGUUAUGUCGACGAGAUGUCCAGGGCGUGCAUAAGGAUUCGCGACUGCCGAUAAGGCCCUACAGCAACGUGGUGCCAAAGUUGCUCAUCGGACUGGACCAUGGACAUUUGGGAUUGCCACUUAGGACGAGGCAGUUUGCCAGAGAGGGACCGUAUGCGGCCGCAACCGAGCUUGGAUGGGUUGUGUUUGGGCCGGUAAGUGGACAAUCAACUACGCCGUCACCGAGGUCCUGCCUUCUAGCCGUGUCAAUGGAUGAUACGAUGGAAAAGAGGGUGGAGGACUACUUCGAGAUGGAAAGCUUUGGUGUGAAGCUUGCGCCACCGGAUCCCAAAGGAUCCUCGAAGACACCACGGUGAAAGUGGGGCGUCGCUACCAGACUGGAAGGGGAUUGCUCUGGAAGGACGACCGCGCUGUGCUGCCACGGAGCUACGAUAUGGCGCACAGACGGCUGAUCAACGUCGAGAAAAAGUUGAAGCGCAACGGGCAGUUGGCGCUGAAAUACGAUCGGAUCAUCAAGGAUUACGUGUCCAAAGGACAUGCAAGGAAGCUCCAGCCGGAUGAGGUCGCGGUGAAGAGCGACAAGCUGUGGUAUUUGCCACAUUUUGGUGUCGAAAACCCGAACAAGCCCGGUAAGGUCCAGCUUGUGUUUGAUGCUGCAGCCAAGGUUGGAGGAACCUCGUUAAAUUCGGCGCUGGACAAGGGGCCUCAGCACUACAAGCCCUUGCUAGCCGUGCUCUUCCACUUUAGGGAAGGAGCAGUCAGAGUUUGCGGUGUCAUCAAGGAGAUGUUCCACCAGGUGCUGAUCCGACCCGAGGAUCGAUGUUCCCAACGAUUCCUUUGGAGAGAUGGUAACGAUGAUCGAGACCCGGAUGUGUACGAGAUGAACGUAAUGACGUUUGGAGCAGCAUGCUCGCCGAGCACUGCGCAUUACGUGAAGACGGUGAAUGCCCUGAAGUUUCGGGAUUCAGAUCCGAGGGCGGUCAAGGCCAUCAUCGACCACCAUUACGUCGAUGACUACGUGGACAGUUUCGCUACGGAGAGCGAAGCUAUUGCGGUAUCUACCCGAGUGAAGGAGAUACAUGCGGAGGCUGGAUUCGAAUUAUGCCAGAUUUCAUCCAGCUCACCCAUCGUGGAAGCGGCGUUGGGACCACCUGGACAGGUCAAGAGCGUCGGAUGGGGUGAGGUUGAGCAGAAGAUCCUUGGAAUGCAUUGGCAGGUAGCAACGGAUGACUUCAGGUUCAACGUGGAGUAUCAUCGAGUGCCAAAAAGCGUUCUAAGUGGAGAUCGAGUCCCUACAAAGAGGGAGUAUUUGAGCCUGCUGUUGUCGACGUUCGACCCAUUGGGUUUCCUUUGCUGCCUGAUGAUUACAGCAAAGCUGUUGCUGCGGGAGAUCUGAAGGCAGAAGAUCCAGUGGGACGAACCACUGCCGGAGGAGAUAGGCAGAGCCUUUGCUGCCUGGCCCAGAGAGAUGGACGCCGUGGGACAGUUCCGAUGACUUCGCCACUAUUUUGGGCGUGGAGCAGUUCGAACCAUCGAGUUGCAUGUGUUCGUGGAUGCAAGUCAAUCUGCAUUCGCGGCGGUGGCCUAUUGGAGGGCCACGUACGAGGAUGCUGGUUAGAACGAUGUCUAUUCCACGGCAGGAGCUGCAGGCAGCGGUCGUUGGAACCAGAGUGAUGAACACUGUCAAGGAGGAGCACAGUGUGGACAUCAGUGAGACGGUGUUAUGGACGAACUCAAGAACAGUGCUGAAAUGGAUCGGCAGCACCCACCGCCGAUACAAGCAGUUUGUUGGCAACCGCCUGGGUCCUGAGGUUUGCGCGGCGGUGCCGCAAACAGAGAAGCGAGCUCGAGGAAUAUGGACUGCAACGGAGUAUGAGGCCGCGGAGAACCUGUUAGUCAGGCAGGCCCAACUUUAAUCGUUUCCCGACGAGAUGAGGUCGGCGGAACGCGGAAAGGACGUCGCCAGCUCGAGCGAGAUUCGAGGUCUGGCGCCUUACGUGGACCAAAAUGGACUUCAGCGAGUCUAUGGCAGAGUUGAUGCCGCGCUGUUCAUGCCGUACAGUGCGAGGAGGCCUGUGAUACUGUCACACAGACACUUCCACGACCAUAUGAAGCAUCAAAACUUGGCAGCGACGAUUGCUCAGAUCCUAGCGAGAUUCUGGGUUACGAAGUUGAGACGAUUGCUGAAGGAUGUCAUCUCGUCGUGCAACGAGUGCAAGUAGCAACGGACGCGGCCGAUGCCGCUAAUAAUGGGACCCCUUCCAGAGGAUCGCUUGGAAGCGGGGAUGGCCAUUCAAGUAUACUGUACUGGACUACUUUGGGCCACUGCUGGUGACUGUUGCCUGUCACAGAGAGAAGCGUGGGUUCGCCCUGUUCACGUGCUUGACGACGAGGGCGAUUCACUUGGAGCUGGCGCAUAACCUGUCAACGGAUUCCUGCAUAAUAGUGAUCAGGAACUUCGUCUGCCGUAGAGGGCCAAUACGGAAACUGCGGAAUGACAACGGCAAGAACUUCGUGGGAGCUGACAGGGAGGCCAGACGAUUGGAUAUGUGUUCGAGACGGAGAGGAUACAGAGUGAGUUAUACAGCAGGAGUAUUGAAUGGGUGUUUAAUUGCCCAUCCAACCCGUCUGAGGGUGGAGUAUGGGAGCGGAUGGUGCAGUGCGUCAAGCGAGUGCUGCGCCAUACCCUGAAGGAAGUCGCGCCGAGGGACCAUGUGUUGGAGAGUCUCCUGAUAGAAGCGGAAAAAAUAGUCAACUCGCGUCCGCUCACCCACUUGCCGGUGGAUGCGGACCAAGAGGCGCCGUUGACGCCAAACGACCUGCUCAAGGGAGCAGCUAACCUGCCGGAUACGCCUGGAUUGGAUGCGGAGCUGCCCGCAUGAGGAUUGCCAGCAUGCUGCGAGACUGUUUCUGGAGGAGGUGGGUCAUGGAGUACCUGCCUACGCUUGUGCGCCGCGAGAAGUGGUGCCGGAGAACGGAGCCCAUCCGCCAGGGCGAUAUGGACUUCGUCUGCGAUCCUGCCUUGCCCAGACGAGAGUGGCGCAAGGGUAUCGUGGAGGGAGUCUACAGCGGAGCUGAUGGAGUUGUCAGACGCGCCACUGUGCGCGUGAACGAUAAUGUCUUAUCUCGGAUAAUGUUGCGUCCCGUCUCGAAACUUGCAGUUUUGGAUUUAAGUGAAGCGGUUCUUCACGGGGUCGGGGAUGUCGACGGUCGAACAUUGUGAUUGAUAGGUAGAGUUAGUAUUUGGUAGGAUCUAGUAUUUUUUAAGUAUCCGAUAGCUUGGCCCUUUGAAGUACGGGCCUACUGAUUUUGGAAAAGUGAAUGCCGCCGAAAAAGUGCCUUCUCAUUGUUUUGUUUAUUGUAGGAGGGCACACUGCGAAUAAAACGCCCGUCUGCCACGGCCAUAGGCCCUUGAA